AUGGACCAUGAGGACCCAGUAUCCCAGUUCUUUCCAGGCGAGGAAGAUGUCGACCUCUAUGAUGUUCUUGGUGUCAAGCAUGACGCAACGAAUGAGGAGAUCAGAAAGGCUUAUAGAAAAUUGGCCCUUCUGCACCAUCCAGAUAAACACGCUAAAUCCAGCGAAGAUGACCGCUCGAACGCGUCAAAGCAAUUUCAGAAAAUCGGAUUUGCAUACGCUGUCCUGAGCGACGCGAAGCGGAGGAAGAAAUAUGAUAGGACUGGAACCACUGAUGACAGCGGGUGGGAAGCAUACUUCGAAGAUCUCUUCGAGCGGGUGACGCGCGGCAAACUAGAUGAGAUGAAGAAAGAAUACCAAGGCUCGUCUGAGGAGGUCGCGGAUUUGAAAGCAGCGUAUCUUGAGACCGAGGGCUCUCUCGGUGAAAUCAUGAAGCAUAUACCUCACUCCACCGUCGACGACGAACCCCGUUUUAUCCGUAUCGUCUCAGACCUUAUACGGCAAGGCGAUCUCCCCGACUUGCCAAUUUGGCGCAGCACUUCCAAAGACGAGAAGGCUAAACUCGUCAGGAAAAAGCAAGGCGAGAAGGAGGCAAAAGAGGCGGAGGAGCUUGCGAGGGAGUUAGGCGUUUGGGAUGAGUUUUAUGGCAGUGGUAAGAUUGGAGCGAGGAAGUCCAAGGGUAAAGACAGAGCGGACGGAACGGCUGCAGAUGAGGAAGACCACUCGACCCUUCAGGCUCUCAUUUUGCAGAGACAAAAGAAGCGGAACGGAUUUCUGGAUAACCUAGCAGCCAAGUACGCGGAGCUGGAAGAGGCACCCUCCAAGAGUAAAGGAGGGAAGGGCAAGAAACGGAAACCGCCCACUUCUGGCGAGCCUGAUGAGGAAGAUGAAGUGCCUUCGCCGAAAAAGCGACGACAAGAGCCUGCCUCCCCUGCUUCUGCCAAGGUGAGAAAGAGGGACUCGGGGAAAAAAGCAAAGUAAUUGUAUGCUCCCAUUCACUAACGA